AUCACGUGUGUGCGGCCGGGCCGGGCUGGGCCGGGUCGUAUCGCUGUGCCCCGGGUUGUAUCGCUGUGCCCCGGGCGCAGCGUGGCUGGAGGCGGCGGUGCGACAUGUCCCACCAGACCGGCAUCCAAGCUAGUGAGAAUGUUAAAGACGUCUUUGUUGGAGCCAGAAAUGGAAAGUACAGGAUUCUGAAAAUAGUCAUUGACAAUGAGCAACUUGUUCUGGGAUCCUCUAGACGGCCACUUGGAUCAUGGGAAAAGGAUUAUGAUGCUUUUGUUCUUCCUCUUCUUGAAGACAAGCAACCGUGUUACAUAUUAUACAGAUUAGAUUCUCAGAAUGCUCAAGGAUAUGAAUGGAUCUUUCUUGCAUGGUCGCCUGAUCACUCUCCUGUUCGUCAGAAGAUGUUGUACGCUGCAACCCGAGCAACACUUAAGAAAGAAUUUGGGGGUGGUCAUAUUAAGGAUGAAGUAUUUGGAACAGUAGAGGAUGAUGUUUCACUGAACGGAUAUAAAAAAUAUUUGAUAUCGCAGUCUGCCCCUGCACCUCUGACUGCAGCAGAAGAGGAACUUCGACAAAUUAAGAUUAACGAGGUACAAACAGAUGUUGGUGUGGAUACUAAGCAUCAAACUCUGCAAGGAGUAGCAUUCCCUAUUGCUAAAGAUGCUAUUCAGGCUUUGGAGAAGUUGAGAAAUAAGCAACUCAAUUACGUCCAACUGCAAAUUGACAUGAAAAAUGAAAUUAUUAUUCUGGCCAACACACUUCAUACCGAACUUAAGGACUUGCCAAAAAGAAUUCCAAAGGAUGCUGCACGUUACCAUUUUUUCCUGUAUAAGCAUACUCACGAAGGAGACUAUUUGGAAUCCAUAGUUUUCAUUUACUCCAUGCCAGGGUAUACCUGUAGUAUACGAGAGCGAAUGCUUUACUCUAGUUGCAAAAGUCCACUGCUAGAAAUUGUAGAAAGACAGCUGUGGAUGCAGAUAAUUAGGAAGAUUGAAAUAGAUAAUGGUGAUGAGUUAACUGCUGACUUUCUUUAUGAAGAGGUUCAUCCGAAACAACAUGCACAUAAGCAAAGUUUUGCUAAACCAAAAGGUCCUGCAGGAAAGAGAGGAAUACGAAGACUCAUCAGAGGCCCGGCAGAGACUGAAACACCCAGUGAUUAGAAUCUGUUGUUUGAAUUAAUUGUAGGGUUUUACAGUAAGAAAAAUGAAAUUCUGACUUUUGCCAAUGAACUGAAACCAUUCCAUUUAUAGAUGCUAAGGAAAAAAACGUUCCUCCUACUCUCCCCUCUUCUGAACUCAAUACUUCCUGUGUUGUUAGACCAUUAUAUUUGUUGACCGUAUUUUACAACACUGGGAACAGUUAAUUAUUUUAAAGGCAGAAAACUAAGCUUGUACUCUCUCGCUUUAAAUUAGAAUCCAUUAUUUAAUAGCAAAUCACAGACAAGACUAUUAAGCCCACAUUUUCUGUGGGUAAGUAGCAGCUCUAUGCUUAGAUAACGAACCUGCAUUUCUAUGAGCAGCCUACUGAUAUCUGCAAGAUUUCACUUGUAUGAAGAGUUGAAGCUGUCAUUGUCCCAGAUAAAUCUUUAUUUUUCCUGGUGGUUUUUAUGGACAAUAACGCAACAGAAUGUUUUGUUCUGUUGAUGUGGUGAGUUGUUGGGUUUGGGUUUUUAUACUAGAAAGAUUAAAAUCCGUUAUCUGUUAGUUUAUAUGAGUACUUGUUCAGGAAUAGCUUAUUUUAAUUGCUUCCUGUGCAAAAGCACAGUCAUGACGAAUUUACAGCUAAUUUGGCGGGUUUGUCUCUUAAAGACAUCUGACAUAAGACCACUACAGCUUUACCAGACUUUGAUACCACUCAUCAGCCUUAUGUAUUACUGAAUGACCAAGUCAAAUGUGAUAAAAUGUGCAGUCUCUAUACUCAGUAAAUUAUGGAGCUGCUUUCAAAGCAAUAAGCUUAAAGUUUCUUCUUAAAUUAUUGAUUUUCUACACACUUGGAUCUAGAACUGCAAGCUCAGUAAAAAUGGAAAUAGACUUGCUUCGUAAUGGUGACUUAUCAUUGAGAUCCUGGUGCUCUUGCGUUACCAACUGCAAUAUAAACUUGUAAGGUAUUGUAAAAUUAAAUACUCCUAAAUGUUUGGACUUUAAUAGUAAAUUAAAUCUUUAACAAAAUCCAAGUAGGGGAUCCAAGCACUUUGGUAGCAUUUUAUGGAAUUUGGCUGUUUUUUCUGGUUCUCAUCUAAAUGACGAAGUCAGCCAGAAUAGUCUGAACACCAGUAAAGCACGAGCCAUCUGUUUGUUAGGAAGAGGAAAAAACAGAUGAUUUUAAGAAGGAGGUUGAAGAAGAAAUAGUCUCUUUUCAGUGGUAUGUGAAGACAGGACAAGG